AUGGACCUCACGCCUUCCCCAGUCAUCCCGUCGCCAGCACUGUCGCACCACCAAAAGCAGCAGCAGCAACAGCAGCAACAGCAGCAACAACAGCAACAACAGCAGCAACAACAGCAGCAACAACAGCAACAACAGCAACAACCGCCGCCGCUGCCGCCACAGAAUCGCCACCAAGAAGCACAGCAACACCGACAGCACCAGCAACAACACGCAACACCACACUAUGGCAUGGUUCCAAACCGUUCCUCAGCACCAUCGGCGGCCAGAUAUCCUCCUGCCGCCCUCUUUGACCUCGAUCGAGGCUCCUCUUCGAUGACCAGCCGGCCACUUCUAGGUCGGCCGCACCAGGCUAUAGCACCGAGGACCAUCACCGAGCCACAGUGGGAGUAUUCUCACCAGCUACCUCCGGUACUUGCCGCCAGCCAUGAGCUCUUCUCCAACUACGACGUGGUUCAGCCCCAGGAACCGGUUGCUGAAAUCUACCACGCCCAUCCGUCUCCUAAUCAGGAAUGGGCGGCGCGGCACGCGGCACACAUUGCAGGGGACAGAACUGUGCAUCCCGUCGUCCAUAGCAGUGAGUUCGCAUACGCCCCGCAUGACGUCGGCAUGCUGGGAGUGAACCCGCACGAUCCGCCCUCCGGACCAUCGUCACACCAAGCACUGACCCUGCCAACAUGCCCCUCCGACGAUGCUGCCGACACCCUCCUGAGCACUUCGAUCAACGCGUUCCCUUCGCAGUCGCCACCGCGUUUCGUCACGCAAGGGUGGAUAAGGCCCGGCGACAGCAACCUCCUGCCGCAAGGAGUGCCGUCGGCGUCGACCGCGCCAGCUUCUGCCGCUCCCAAUUCCACCCGGACGCGACGUGCGCCUCGAAAGCACACUACGAAAGAGGAGGCCAACUUCCAGUGUACUGUUGAGGGUUGCGGCAAGUUCUUCAGUCGCAGUUACAAUUACAAGUCACAUCUCGAAACUCAUGACGACCAACGUGAAUACCCCUUUCCGUGUCUGGUGAGCGGCUGCAAUAAGAAGUUUGUUCGGAAAACCGAUCUUCAGCGACAUCACCAGAGUGUCCAUGUCAAGGAGCGUAAUCACCGUUGCGACUACUGCGGCCGGCUCUUCGCCCGCAAAGACACCUUGCGGAGGUCAGUCGAUACCACGUCCUGUCCCGCUGCGUCUACGUUGAACGCUGACACUGGGCGCUUAAUCUAG